ACUCCCUUGGACCUCUUUGGACCCCCUUGGACAACCUUGGACCCCCUUGGACAUCCUUGGACCUCCUUGGACAACCUUGGACCCCCUUGGACCUCCUUGGACCUCCUUGGACCCCCUUGGACCUCCUUGGACCUCCUUGGACCUCCUUGGACAACCUUGGACCUCCUUGGACCUUCUUGGACAACCUUGGACCUCCUUGGACAACCUUGGACCUCCUUGGACAACCUUGGACCUCCUUGGACAACCUUGGACCACCUUGGACAACCUUGGACCUCCUUGGACAACCUUGGACCUCCUUGGACAACCUUGGACCCCCUUGGACCCCCUUGGACAACCUUGGACAACCUUGGACCUCCUUGGACAACCUUGGACAACCUUGGACCUCCUUGGACAACCUUGGACAACCUUGGACCUCCUUGGACAACCUUGGACCUCCUUGGACAACCUUGGACAACCUUGGACAACCUUGGACCUCCUUGGACAACCUUGGACAACCUUGGACCUCCUUGGACAUCCUUGGACAACCUUGGACCUCCUUGGACCUCCUUGGACAACCUUGGACCUCCUUGGACAACCUUGGACCUCUUUGGACAACCUUGGACCUCCUUGGACAACCUUGGACCUCCUUGGACAACCUUGGACAACCUUGGACCUCCUUGGACAACCUUGGACAUCCUUGGACAACCUUGGACAACCUUGGACCUCCUUGGACAACCUUAGACAGCCUUGGACCUCCUUGGACAACCUUGGACAACCUUGGACCUCCUUGGACAACCUUGGACCUCCUUGGACAACCUUGGACCUCCUUGGACAACCUUGGACCUCCUUGGACAACCUUGGACCUCCUUGGACAACCUUGGACAACCUUGGACCUCCUUGGACAACCUUGGACCUCCUUGGACAACCUUGGACCCCCUUGGACCCCUUUGGACAACCUUGGACAACCUUGGACCUCCUUGGACAACCUUGGACCUCCUUGGACAACCUUGGACAACCUUGGACCUCCUUGGACAACCUUGGACAACCUUGGACCUCCUUGGACAACCUUGGACAACCUUGCACCUCCUUGGACAACCUUGGACAACCUUGGACCUCCUUGGACAACCUUGGACAACCUUGGACCUCCUUGGACAACCUUGGACCUCCUUGGACAACCUUGGACCCCCUUGGACCUCCUUGGACAACCUUGA